AUGUCAAUGAUUUUGUCCCCACAAUUUGAAGUUUAUCCUUUAUUUUCACCAACCCAACAAGAGGAUGAACUUCCCUAUGUUGGAUAUCAGCCUGUUAAUCAAUUUAGCGAUUUUGCUAUUCUGUCCUCUUCUUUCAUGACUCGCCAUCUCAAUCAUGAUAAAAAUGAAACACUAAACAAUCGCGAAACUACGGAUAAUAAUGGCGCUUUGGACGCUCGUCAAAUAAUUUCAACUUUGCUCGAUUUUAUAGCGGUCGAAUUUGAACAAAGGGAAAACGAAAUGCAGAAAAACGAAGAGUCGUUUGAAAUCGAUUAUUCUACGUGUGAACCACCAAUGCUCGUUUUAGAUUCUUCACCAUCAUUUGAUUCGCACAAUAACUGUGAGAAUAAGACAGUUUUAGAAUCAAAUAAGAAAAAAAUUAUCAACCAAAAAAACUUUUCCCUGUUUAACAUCGAUGAGGAAUUAGACGACGAACAUCAAGCAGUGAUUCUUGCAUCUAGUAUGACCAGAGUUCGUCGAGAUUCGGAAUGCUCUGAUCCUUCAAUUAAUCCUGAUCUGGACCCUGACCGUCCACUUAUCAUUGACGAAAGUCUUGAUGAAGACGAACUUACUAUUGAAGCUCGUAAAGGGUUCUUUAAUUCGCUGUUUGGUAGAAAAUCGAGACGUACAAGCCUCGAUAUAGAGAAAAUAAAUCACGAUCAAACACGUUCUAUGGUUGACGAAGAAUUGGCAAUCGCUCGUAGAAAAUCUGUCAUGGCGACAUUUCAAAGUCAGGCUCAUGUUUAA